CCGGCGCCCGUUCCAAGCUUCUUUCACCGCGAGCUCAACCAUAUUAUACCGUAUCUAACGAACGUUGUUGUGUGUGAUACGCCGGGCACCCUGUCCUAUAUGGCGCAAAGACCUCGCUUUGCCCCGGGCACUUAUUAGACUUGCGUUUCCCCGUCCGCGCGGAUUUUCAAAAAGCCCCUCCUCGAGCGGGCUCUCGCACCACGUGGAGGACAGCACCGCUACCACGUGACCGGUGCGCUGCGAUACCGGAAGUGCCACCGGGACAUCAGGACUCCUCGGAGCGUGAUGACAACUGUCUCUUCACCAAUGUAGCCGCGCGAGUGUUUAUUCAUUCGGAUCAUCAGUGAUUAGUUGUUUGGUUUAGUGCCUGGGGAUUUAUGCCAGAAUCGCAUGAAAUCAACGCGUCCUUCAGAUGUCAAUACGCGUGAGAAUAGACAACCCCAGAAACACGUGUGUUUGUGAACAAGAACGAAAACAUGCAUUUUAACGCAUUCGAGUUCAGACCUCGGAAGACGUCAUCGACCCGGGACUGAAACAGGUGGCUAUGGGAGCAUGGGAGGGGUCAUAGAAUUGCUACAAAACAUAAAUGAAUCUUCCUCGUGCCCAGAGGCGUGAUAGAUAUCUCAGUCCGAUCGACGAUCUCGCGUCACUGACACAAGGUCGACGAGCGUGGCUAAGAAACUGCCAAAGAGAAAGAGACAAUCUUCAGCCAGCUGAUUUAUAAAUGAGUAGGAAAAUCUUAAGGAGAUGAUGCCGUAGAAUCGAUGAGGCUACCAGCAACGAAUGUGUUGAGCGAGUUCCAGUAGCCUGCUAAAAUAAUGUUGAACUCAGCCGUACCGUUCAGCCUACUCGACAAUACUCCAGCCAGUUUAGGUAGCCCCUUAUCACUCGAAUCUUAGAAGAGAAGGCUCCAUCGAUAAUCACCAAGUGUGCACGCUAUGUCGGUCUUGGAAAAUAGUGACGUAGACAGGACAACGAUGUCUCCUCUCGAUGACGUAGCAUCGCCUACGAGUGUCGGAUCCGAACUGAUGGUAAAUGACAUGCUCGAUGACCACGAGUCCGCUCUGAACAACCAUCAUCAACAGCAUCAUCAUCAUCACCAUCAACAUCAUCAACAGGACCAACAUCAUAAUCAGUUGCGAGAUGGUGGUAAACGCAAAAGAGACAAUACCGAUGGGGAAGAGCUCAGUCCUCGAAAACUUCCAUCCUUGAACAGCAACAACAAUGACGUUGGAUUUGUUCUCGAUGAGAGUGGCGAUGACGGACUUCACGAUGACGUGGACGAUGACCGUCUGACGGGUCACGGUGGCAUAUCGUCGCUGGGCGGUGGAAAUUCAUCGCCCUAUUCCGGGGCCCAUCAUCAUGGUCAUCGCGGUAACGGGAACGGCGGUGGUAUGCCACAUCACGGGGGUGCGUCACUUCCCACGGCGUCGGAUUUUCAACCUCCUUAUUUUCCACCUCCCUUCCCCACUCAUCAUCACGCACCCGCGAGCCCUCAACACGGCCUCGGACAGCCACAGCAUCUGGAUUAUCUCGUAGGAAAUCCCUAUACACAGACACUCGACACUUUGCAUCAACAUCAUUACAAUCACCUGAGCGCAGCUGUUACUGCCGGACAGAGGAGCGGGGAUCUCAGGAGAGAUCCCGAAUCCAUUCAUGUGACGAAUAUGCACGCUUCAUUUCCAUACGACGGAAGUCGGGGAAGUGCAGGCGGCGGAGGCGGCGGGGGUGGUAGAGGUGGAGUCGAAUACGGCGCGGUGAGGCGCCCCGACGCACUUUUACCACCGCCCGGCCUCGAUCAAACCGAUCUCGUACUCCACACAAGUCUCGUAGACGACCCCCAGGUGAGCGACGAUAAUACGAACGUCGACGACGGGGGCUUCAUGAACGACCUGCCACUUUUGAAAAACAUGAAGCAGUCGGAGAGGGGCGACAAAUCAAUGUUAUCGGGAAACACGCAACCGUCGGACGUGUUCUGUUCGGUGCCGGGUAGACUGUCGCUGCUGAGUAGCACGAGCAAGUACAAAGUUACGGUUGCGGAGGUACAGAGACGAUUAUCGCCACCGGAAUGCCUCAACGCGAGUCUGCUCGGCGGGGUUUUGCGAAGGGCAAAGUCGAAAAAUGGUGGAAGACUGCUGAGGGACAAACUCGAGAAAAUUGGACUCAACCUGCCCGCUGGAAGGAGGAAGGCUGCCAACGUAACCCUCUUAACGUCCCUGGUCGAAGGCGAGGCUAUUCACCUUGCGAGAGAUUUUGGAUACGUUUGCGAGACGGAGUUCCCUGCGAAACAAGUUGCCGAAUAUCUGAGUCGACAGCACUGCGAACCUCAGGAUUCCUACAGGAGGAAAGAACUUCUUCAUGCGACCAAACAAAUCACCAAAGAGCUGAUGGAUCUUUUGAAUCAGGACAGAUCGCCGUUGUGCAACACGAGACCACCACACAUCUUAGACCCGAAUAUACAAAGACAUUUAACGAAUUUCUCAUUAAUAUCACACGGAUUCGGAAGCCCGGCGAUCGUUGCUGCACUCACGGCUAUACAGAAGUUCCUAAGCGAGUCCCUGAAUCAUCUGGAAAAGAUGUAUCCGGGAAAUGGAAGUGGGGUGACGAGCAGUCAACAGUCGAAUUUGGACGCGAACAAGAACAAGGACGGCUCGCUGAUGAAUGACAUGAAGAAGUGACGCCCGGAAGUCCUGCCUACCUCGAACGUGGUAACCUCGAUAAGCCACUCGUGGCCCUACAAUUCAUAAACAUUUGAGAGCAAUAAGGAGGAAAGCGAGUCGCAUGGAGAAAUAACUGCGUGAAAGAUAAAGCAAAAGGACACGUGUAGGAAUCGGGAGAGAAAAAGAGAGAGAGAGAGAGAGAGAGAGAAAGAAAAGUGACUCGUUCAGAGGGAAUGCGAGAAAAGGACACUGGACCAUUAAUUACUGCAAUUACUGCAUCUUGGUAUAUGUUUAUCGAUGUAUAUAGAAGUAUCGUGUCUUUUUAAGUACUCGCAAACAAUUUCGUAAUUAAUGACACGUGGGGCACGUGGAGGUUGGCCGGUCAAUAGAGGCAAAAUUACUUAAAAGAAAUAUAUAACGAGUAGGUGAAUGAGCGUGAGAAUAAAAUGAUUGGGAAACUGAGAAAUUUCGUUCUCGAGUGUGUACAGAACCGACGAAACGCCAUAAAGCGUUUAUCUCUCUAUGGAGAUUGGGAGGCAUGAGCCAUUCGUCGAUCUUUUAUUCAUUGUUCCCCUUUCACACUAAUUUCUUUGAUAUUGUCACCGCCCUCGACACGCCCCUCUUCUUAUUCUAAAAGAAUCAAUUCCUCAGAUCUUCCAUGAAAAGUUAUUUAUUCCAUGACAAUUUUUAACUAUAAAGAUUUACGAUUUAUUCUCGAUAUUGUUUUGGCUGUAAUUUAUCAUUAGAAAACUGCUCAUUCCUUGGACGAAGCGAAUCACAUCGUUCACUAAUUGCCCGCAAGCUGUCCGAGGCUACAACCAGAGUAUUUCUAUGAAAUAAUAUUCUUUCAACUCGCCAGCCUGAAUCUUGCUAGAGAGAGAUUCGAGGGACGAAAUGUUUCUCUCCCACAACCUCAUCGAUCUUUCCUUGCACUACCACGUCAUACGGAUUCGGGACGAGUACAAAAAAACAUUGAGUAAUCUCGAGUUCACCAUCGCGAUAACCAUAUGAGCCAAUAUUUUAAAAUCCUUUGAAUAAUGAGCGACGCAGCUUUCGAAAACAAAAAUAGUGCCAAUGCGAUAAAACUUGCCAUUACAAAUGUGCCAAUCAGUUAUCUAAUUUCUAUGAUUAUUAUUAUUACAUUAUUUCAUUCUUUAAAUAACGUUGUAAAAAAAAAAAGCGAGACUUCGUAUUAUCGCAGAGUUUAAGGGCUUGAGAAACAAUAUUUGAGGAGGGAAGAGGACGUUCACGAGACGCCGUACCGCCGUCUCGGGAAAGGGUUUAAAAACAACAACAACAAAACAAAAAAUACGUAUUACAUGUAUGAUAAUAGCGAUAUUACAGGAACUAAAAAGAUAUAAAAGCAAAUAAAUAAAUAAAAUAAAUAAAAAUUAAAAGUUAAAAUUAAAAGUAAAUAUACGGAUAUAGAUGAGAAAAAUGAAAGGGGGACACCGAGCGCGUUGACACAAGCGAGAAUAUCUUAUGAAAUAUGUGGGCGCUUUCGAAAUCGUGCUAAUUGCGAGGAGGCCCAUUGAGAAUCGUUUCAAGUACAAUAUCAGGUGAACCUGAGACAUAUCUAACUUUGUAACUAAACUUUAGAUAUAUAAAUAUAUAAAUAUAUAUUAUACAUACGUAUAUAAAAGCAAAAAAUUCAUAUUAUAUAUAAUUCGAAAUAAAAAAUAAGUUGAUACUUGAGAGCAUUUGAUGUUCCGAGAAAAAAAAAGUGUACAGAGCAUUUGAAUCUUUCUUGUGAUAUAUUCAUGUACGGUUAUCUCACGGUAUCAUUGGAUAACGUGCUACAUUCCAUGUUUGUUUGUUUGUUUGUUUUUUUUUGUAUUAGAAAAAGGAAGCAAAAACAAUAUUAGGAAAAAGUGAAGGAGAAGAAAAUUCCGCGACAAUAAUCUCUCGUUGAGAGGUUUCAAGAAGAAAUGAUAAAAAAAAUGGAUGCUCGCCCGAAUCGUUGCAAUUAUUUUAUUACCGGAGAAUCUCGCUGUCUCGUGAUUACUUCGCGAUAAUGGAUCGGCGCUCGAGAGGGUGUGUGAGGGGAGGGGAAAUUCGUUUCGUUAUUACGAAAGUGUCGAGAGACAUCUCUGUAUAUCAAUUGGCCAAAUGUGGACAAGCGCAUCGUAAAAGAUUUUAGAAUUAGUUAGGAAAAGAUUUAAAAGACGAAAGAGAGAGAGAAAAACGAGUUAUAUGGAAAGAAUAUGAAAACGAAACUCCCACUUCCGACUCCUUGUUUUGACUAAUCACGACUAAUUAGUGGACUCUUUAAACUUUUAAGAUCGAAAUAAAUUAAUGAAUUAUUUAUAAUCGAGAUAGACGAGCGUAGAAAGAGAAGGAUGAAAAAAAAAAGAAAAAAAACCAGAAAAAACAAAAAAAACGAACGAUAAUUAAAAACGAGAUCUUUUCUACCAGAAUUUCUGUGCCAACUGUGACGAAUGUUGUAGACGAUGUUUCUCUUUUUUCAUUUAUAUGUUUGUUGUUUCCACAUUGAAACAUCAUUCCCAAUCUUGUAAGAUACUCAGAUAUAUCUUUAUUAAAAUAUAUAUUUGAAUUUUCGUAGUAUAUUAUAUUCUGAUAUUAAUACGGUUCAUUUUUGUAUAUUGGUGUGUGAUAAAUAAAUAAGAAUAUUGUUUUUAAGCAAUCUA